AGCAACCUUGAGGUGUGAGCAAGCUUCCAACGAGGCAAGCUAGACACAAGAUUCCCCUUCCACUUCGCAGCGAGAACAGACCCCCCAGUGAGGUAUGAGAUGCCCCCUUGCUAGCCUCAUCGUGCUUCGGCCACUGUCGUAGACCGUUCCGCCACCUCCUACCCAGCUCCUUCGUUCAUCUGUCAGGCAGAGUAUAAAGAGAAAUGCAUCGUGCUGACGAUUAACUUGUGAGGAACAACUGAGAGCAGGCUCACACACCAUAACAAGGCCCGCAAACAUUAAGCAGGCAUACUUGCAUCUUAGUCAGAUUUCAUAUGUUUGGGUAAUAUGGGCACAAUUUUGGAUGCCCUCACGUUCAAACUCUUGACAAAGCUGGGUCAGGUUAUCGAGAAUGAGGUUGUGAUGACAUUAAGUGUGAAGAAGGAUAUCAGGAGGCUAAAGAAUAAUCUGGAACAUUUUAGCGCCAUUCGGGAGGAUGCUGAAGCUCUGGCCAUGGAAGAUAAACGGAUAGAGGCAUGGUGGAAGAACAUGAGCAAUGUAAUGUUUGAUGUUGAUGUCAUCAUCGAUCUUGUUAUGGUUCAUUCAGAAAAGCUUUUGCUGACACCUAGAUCAGUAUGUUGCAAUCAGUCCAUGGUCUCUUGUUUUGGAAAGCUUCCAUUUGAUCACAGGGUGGCUAGAAGAAUUAAGGACAUAAAUGAAAAGCUUGAUGAGAUUAAAAUGAACACAGAGAUGUUCAACUUGGACAGAACCACACGUCAACAGUUCCAAGUAACAAUUGUGGAUAGAAAGCAGACAUCUCCUGUAGAUGAACUAGAGGUUGUUGGAACAGAAAUCAAACAGGCAGUUGAGGACAUGGUACAAAUGAUUGUCAGUGGCUGUCGUGAGAAUAGGUCAAGUGUUUUUGGGAUUCAAGGGAUGGGAGGCAUUGGUAAGACAACAUUAGCUCAGAAGAUUUACAAUGAGCCAUUGGUAAGGGAGAAAUUCCAAGUCCGUAUAUGGUUGUGCAUUUCGCAGAGCUACACAGAGACCGGGUUGAUAAAGCAGGCAAUACGAAUGGCAGGAGAAAAGUGUGAUCAAUUAGAGACCAAGACCGAGCUUCUACCACUUCUAGUGGACUCUAUCAAUGGAAAGAGUGUUCUUCUUGUGCUGGAUGAUGUGUGGAAAUCUGAUGUCUGGAUUGAUCUUCUUCUAUCGCCUUUCAGGAGAGCCUUGAAUUUCCAUGUCAUUGUCACCACAAGAAACCUGGAUGUAUUGGCAGAAAUGCAUGCAACAUAUACUCACCAAGUAAACACAAUGAAUUAUCAUGAUGGUUUAGAGCUGCUUCUGAAGAAGUCCCUCCAGCCGCACGAGCAAAUAAGUGAAUUCGAGAAUGUUGGGUAUGAAAUUGUAAAGAAAUGUGACGGUCUUCCUCUAGCCAUCAAGGUUGUUGCAGGUGUGCUAUCUACCAAAAGAACAACUGCGGAAUGGAAGAGUAUCCGAGAUAGCAAAUGGUCCAUUCAUGGACUCCCCAAAGAACUUGGAGGCCCCCUGUAUUUAAGUUACAGCAACUUACCCCCUCAACUUAAGGAGUGCUUUCUCUGGUGUGCGUUGCUGCCUCCUAAUUUUGAAAUCCAUCGUGAUUCUGUAGCUUACUGGUGGGUUGCUGAAGGUUUAGUGAGGAAAGAGCAUGGAUUCUCAAUACAUGAAAUUGCUGAAGAGUAUUACCUUGAGCUAGUUCGGAGGAAUCUUCUUCAACCUGUACCAGAGUAUGUAGACAAGGCUGUGUCUACGAUGCAUGAUCUAUUGAGGUCACUUGGACAAUAUUUGACAAAGGAUCACUCCCUGUGCAUGAAUGUGGACAGAAUCGAUGCUAUGUCGAAUCUCCGCCGCUUAGGUAUCAGUCAUGCUGUAGAAGAAAUACCCAAUCUGGAAGAGCACAAGUGCUUGAGGAGCCUCCUACUUUUUAAUAACAAGAAUUUCAAAUCAAUGCACAUGGAUAUUUUCAGAAAGCUUGAGCAUAUCCGUGUCUUGGUUCUCCGUGGAACAAGCACCAAGGACAUACCAGACUCGGUUGGAAAUUUGGUGCUAUUGAGGUUGCUAGAUCUGAGCUAUACAGAGAUUAACAAACUUCCUGAAUCCAUAGGAAGUCUCAUCAGCCUUGAAUACCUUUCUUUGCUUGGUUGCCAUCAAUUGGAUAGCCUGCCAGCUGGUCUGAUGAGAUUGUCCAAGAUAAGUUUUUUGCACCUAGAGCAGACUUCAAUUGAUCAUGUUCCUAAAGGGAUCGCAAAGUUUCAGCAGCUGUACAACCUAAGAGGAGUCUUUGAGAGCGGGACUGGAUUCAGAUUGGAUGAAUUGCGAUGCCUCCCCAAUAUCCAACGUCUCUGGGUUAGUAAGCUAGAGGAAGCGAUGCCAGGGGGCGAACUUGUACUGAAGAACAGUCGUAAUCUUAAAGAACUGGGACUACGCUGCACAAUGAACAGAGAUACUCAUGAUAGAACUUGCUAUGCGCACGACAAGGUUCAGAAAAUUCAGCAAGUCUACGAUAUGCUCAUCCCGUCGCCAAGCCUAGAAUACAUUUUUCUUGUUGGGUUCCCAGGCACUAUGUUCCCAGAAUGGCUACGAUCGAAACCGGAGCUUAACAUGCCUAGUUUGCGUCAGAUGCACCUCGAUGAGUGCAUAUCAUGUUCAGAGCUUCCACCUGCAGGUCAGAUGCCACAACUGCAAUUUCUUAAGAUUAAAGGUGCAGAUGCCAUAGAGUCCAUUGGCGAAGAACUCCUGGGAAAAGGAGUCAGAAUUCCAGCAGCCUUUUUCCCAAAGCUUGAAGUGCUUCAGGUCAUUGGCAUGUUCAGUUUGAGAAGUUGGUCCCUCAAAACUGGGAAUCCCAGCGAUAGCGCUCAUCAUAUCUCUCUGAUGCCUUGCCUUAAGCGUCUGUUGCUUCUUGAUUGCCCAAAACUGAGAGCUCUCCCUCAAGACAUGUCCAAGAUUGUUAACUUGAAGAGAAUCCACAUUGAAGGUGCUCACAAGCUGAAAGAAGUCGUCGACCUUCCCGCAGCCGUGUGGCUCAAAGUGAGGAACAACACAUGUUUGAAGACAAUCUCCAAUCUCUGUAAGCUCCAGGACUUGCUUGCGCAGGACUGCCCAGCACUGGAUCAGGCAAAGAACCUAUGCUCAUUGAGGCGCUUGUACAUGGUCGACUGCCCGCACGAGCAAGAGUUCAGGAAGUGCCUCUCGGAAGAACAAGGCGUCCUAGUCCAUGUUGCUACGGUUGGCGCAGAUGGCCGGAAUAUCUUCCCGGAUGAAUCUCUCUACAAUUAGGCAGGAAGACGGUCAGUCACCGCUGCUAGGCUGGCUGUCAUCGAUGCGUCUGUGCGGGAGCUCCACCUACUUGACGUCUCUACCACCGUCGGCGAUGCUUCUCCCUCCGGCUUGGUGCUGCUUUGCUGCAGGCACCUGUGGAAACAUAGGAAUGCUGCUGUGUUCUGUGGCCUCUCUCCUUCCCUACCCCACGUCCUCAAGUGUUGCCAGGAUGACACGCCGUUGUGGCGUGGGAGGUGCAAGGUGGAUCAGCGCUGCCACAUUGGCGUUUGGCUUCGCGCCCUCGAGGCACGAAGGCGGCUGCGCACCCUGCGGCUUGAGCGUCGCCGCUGUCCUUGGUCUUUCUCUCUGUUUGCAUGUAUGUUGGUGUUCCAUCUACUGUUGCCCACUU